AGCUGACACGUUUGUUUUGCUUGCCAGGAGGUCGUCAUGAUAAAAACACAGAGGCAGGAAAGCAGCACAUCAAACGGCAUCGUGUAACGUGAAGGCUCCUCGCCGCCAUUACAACACAGCUCGACGUCGUUGGUCCACCGACAGUCUCGUCAACUGCUGCCCUUUUUGUUUGCCCACACCGCCAUUACCUCCGUUGUCGACUGGGCGACGACUUUGACGCAGUAUGCCUUCAGAGAAGUCCUUCAAACAAAGGAGAACAUUCGAUCAGAGAGUAGAAGAUGUCCGGCUGAUCCGGGAGCAGCACCCUAACAAGAUACCUGUGAUCAUUGAACGCUACAAAGGAGAGAAACAACUUCCCCUCCUGGACAAGACCAAGUUCUUAGUGCCAGAUCACGUCAACAUGAGCGAACUGAUCAAGAUCAUCCGGAGGCGCCUCCAGCUCAAUUCCAACCAGGCUUUCUUCCUGCUGGUCAACGGCCACAGCAUGGUGUCCGUGUCGUCCGCCAUAUUGGAGGUUUACGAGCGAGAGCGGGACCAAGAUGGCUUCCUCUACAUGGUGUACGCCUCCCAGGAGACCUUUGGUGCCGCUUCUUCCCUCCAGUGAUCAAACUUCCUGUUCCUCUUCCUAAUCCCCGGCCAGCAAUUGGACAAUUUUAGUUUUUAGCUCCUCUAGGUGUUCUUUCCCUCGUAAUAACCUCGUCUUGUCGCCACCGACUAAGGUCAUGUCCACACCAACACGGAUACUUAUCUGUGUUUAGGCCUCUUGUCCACACCACAUGCAUACUUUUGUUUUUCCAAGCGCUGGACAAAGUGUAGAGAUCCAAAAGAGAUGCCAUCACAGUUGUGCGUUUUUUGAAACUGCACUUGUGUGGAUGGAGAUAGUUUGUGUUAAUGUUGAUGUGGACAUGGUCUUACUGCUUAAAGACAAAGUAGAGCUCCUUCUCACAGGUUGUGGUUUUUCUUUUAAGGGUUCUGCUGGUGUUUGUGUGACAUUAGUUUCCAACUUCCAUCUUCUCGUCUGUUGCCAUGGCAGCAGACUGUGUGGUCAUCAACGUGGCGCUGCUCCACCACCUUUUCUAUACUUCCACUUGUUGGUAAACAAAGCAAAGUGUGUGCAUAAAUACGCAUAAAGAAAAGAUUCAAGCACAUCUAAUGUUUACGUUCACGUUGACAUAAAAAGUGGUGGUAGCUUGUAGGCCGAUGCAGGUGUGCCUUAAAGUGGAUUAGAUGUGUGAUUGUAUAGAACACAACACUAUAGAAGUAUUGUGUGUUACCAAUAUUUACUGUCAAAAAUAGCAACAUGUGUGUCGUCGUCCACCCUCAGGUCCAAAUAUGGUCACUCAAGGCUCCAAAAAGUCAACACAUUCACUUUUUGAAUGGUUAGGAUUUGUGAUCCGACCAAUCCUUUUAGUUUUUUAAAGUAUUUUUAAGACAUGUAUGUUGAAGUUGUUGUACUAGAGACAGUCUGCUUAGUAUGAUUUAGUUUCUUUAGGCGAGGAAAGAAGAGGGAUUAUAUGAAAACAUUUAUGUGUGCUGACUGUGUCACUGUGCUGACUUUGGCCCGCAGGGUUGAAUUCCGGGUGCUGCUGCGGUCAGUAGGAAACUUCACUGUUGCUGCACAUCCUGUGUGUGUGUGUGUGUGUGUUUCUUUUUUAUGUUGCACAGAGCGAGUUGCGGCUGCCUUUAUUGUAGCAUUCUAUCAUUUAGAUUGUUUUAUUUAACUUUGUUUUUUCAUCUGAUUGUGCAACACCGUCAAUGAUACAUUGGACAAGUCCAAGCCACUGUGUGUUGCUGUUUGCGUUGUCUUCCAGCCCCUCACGUUCACGCUGAGCAAUAGCCAUGUAGUAAUUAUGUUGGUAUUUUGUUAACAAUAAAAGGUACAACAUUUUUUUUCUUU